AUGUCUUUGAUGAGCUAUAGAAAGCUUUCUAUAGAGAUCAAAAAAGUUGCUAUUCACAUCAACUGGUCCAAUUUACCCAGGAUGGCUCAAAAUCAAAAUCGACUUCGAAAGCAACCUGAAAGAAAGGCCAAGCUUGGAUUCAAGAUGUACAAGAGUCAAUCCAACUUGUCUUUCGCUGCAGGACCUCGAAAACCUUGCCGCAGCCCUAUUCCUGGUGGCAAGAUUCCUUGGGUGCAUCCCAAGCGAUACAAAACGUUCUAUAUGGACAAUGAUGAGCUUCCUGACUUCAACACAUACGUUUUUCUUCCUUUGAAUCGGAAUUGCAAGAAAUCAACGUCCAGCCAGCGACUUCGAUGGAAGCGAGAGGACAUACGUGAACAAAAAGACUUGAACCGUUGGAACCAGGCCAACAUGGCAGUCUGGCGUUCCAAACAACAAGCCGAGUCACACAGGCACUUCUUCUUUCUCAAGGGUGCUCUUGCCAAUGUCCAAAACUAUGGUCCUGAGUGGCUAUUUUCGCCUGCCGAUUACACACUUGCUCAUCAAAUACUGCGAGAAUCAUUGAAAGCAGAACAGUAUCAUGAGGUUCCUGUAGAAAAUAGAAAACAGUGGCUUGAGCAAAAGAUGUUUGAGGCCCGUCAUGGCAUACUCAAUUUGAACUGGCACAAACCGUAUUGA